UUCUUGCAGAUUCAUUCAUUCAUUCUUAAUAGCACGUACUUUUCUUUUCUUAACAAAAAAAAAAACUCUCAAUCCCUCUCUAACAUGGAGUAUACUAUUAAUAACAACAGAUAGAUUGAGAUAGAAGAAAUUAAGAGAGGAAAACACAUGACGGGGUCAGCUUCAUUGUCAUCUCCGCUGUGCACGUGGCUGUUCACGGCUUGCAUGUCGGUCACGUGCGCUGAGGAAAGAGCACACGCGUUGUCUCCACCGUCGUCUAAUUCUAGUCGCAGACGGAAGGCUAAGGCGGCUGCUCUUCCUAUGAAAUGCUGCUGCAGUAUUAGGGGAAUAGUCCAUUCUUCUCCUUCAAAUGAUAACAGUAAUAAUAAAAGUAUGUUGAGUUUUAAAGGAUCAAUGAGCUCCUGUUUGGCUGAUAAUGAACCUUGUAGCCGUUACUAUGCUUCUGGUGGACUCUUGAGACGACGACUCAGUCCCCCCGCUACUUCCGGGCAAGCCAUGGCUGUAGCUGUGCAGCCUACAGAGGAAGUUGUGACGAAAAAGAAACCACUUACGAGGCAAAGGAGAGUAGUUGUGACAGGGAUGGGUAUGGUCUCACCUCUUGGUCAUGAUCCAGGUGUCUUCUACAAUAAUCUUCUCCAAGGCGUCAGCGGUGUGACUCGGAUAGAGGCUUUCGACUGCGCUCAAUUUCCCACGAGAAUUGCUGGAGAAAUCAAGUCUCUCUCAACUGAUGGAUGGGUUGCUCCAAAAUUGUCUAAGAGAAUGGAUAAAUUCAUGCUUUACAUGCUUACUGCUGGCAAAAAAGCCUUGGCGGAUGGAGGGAUUACUGAGGAUGUGAUGGAUGAAUUGAAUAAAAAGAAGUGUGGAGUUUUGAUUGGCUCAGCAAUGGGUGGGAUGAAGGUUUUCAAUGAUGCAAUUGAAGCUUUAAGGAUCUCAUACAAGAAGAUGAAUCCUUUCUGUGUUCCUUUUGCAACAACAAAUAUGGGUUCUGCCAUGCUUGCAAUGGAUCUGGGAUGGAGGGGACCAAAUUAUUCAAUUUCCACUGCUUGUGCAACCAGCAACUUUUGUAUAUUGAAUGCAGCAAACCAUAUCAUUAGAGGCGAAGCUGAUGUUAUGCUUUGUGGUGGCUCUGACGCAGCAAUUAUUCCUAUAGGAUUGGGGGGUUUUGUGGCAUGCAGAGCACUUUCUCAGAGGAAUGAUGAUCCAACAAGAGCUUCACGACCUUGGAACGUGAAUCGGGAUGGAUUUGUCAUGGGGGAAGGAGCUGGUGUUCUGCUUCUAGAAGAAUUAGAACAUGCUAAGAAAAGAGGUGCCAAUAUCUAUGCAGAAUUUCUUGGAGGGAGCUUUACAUGUGAUGCUUAUCAUAUGACACAGCCACGUCCUGAUGGGAUUGGUGUGAUUCUCUGCAUAGAAAAGGCAUUAUCACAGUCUGGGAUAUCCAAAGAGGAUGUCAAUUACAUAAACGCACAUGCUACAUCCACACCGGCAGGUGACCUGAAAGAGUAUCAAGCUCUCAUGCAUUGUUUUGGCCAGAAUUCUGGUUUGAGGGUGAACGCAACAAAAUCCAUGAUUGGUCACUUACUGGGGGCAGCUGGUGCUGUGGAAGCCAUAGCCACAAUACAGGCAAUACGGACAGGAUGGGUUCAUCCAAAUAUCAAUCUAGAAAAUCCAGAUCAAGGCGUGGACACGAGUGUAUUAGUGGGCCCGAAGAAAGAGAGACUAGACAUUAAGGCUGCGUUAUCUAAUUCAUUUGGGUUUGGCGGCCACAACUCAUCGAUCAUUUUUGCCCCAUUCAAGUGAACCGGAGCUGCUUGAAGGUGUUGUAAGCUUGUUACUUUAUCUCUCUCUGUUUGCUAUAGCAAGAACACAUCGAGCUGGGGAUGUGAACGUUGAAUAUAUGUUGAAUUAACGUCUAAGGCCCUGCCAUUCUAUCAUUUCACCAAUGCAUGACAGUAACUCAAUUUUCAGCAACUCAAUUGUGUAAAAUAUAUAGAUGUGGUAGGUCUGGUAGGAGAUAUUAUCCUUUACAGCAUGCUAAAUGGAUUACUCGCCCUAGCUUCUUCUUGCAGAGUACAGAGUACCACUGGAAUCCUCACAGUAUCCUGUUUUCUGUUGAACUGGUUGAGUUCAAUUAAACUUUCAAAUGUAACUAGUUGGACGUCUGACAUCGAUUAGGUGACUAUUUGCUCGGGAAAGGAGAACAGUCAGAUUUCGCUGAGUAACUAUUCGCUGGAAAUACUCUUUGUUUUUGUAACUCUCAUUCUCAUAAUAUGAUUAGUAGCGGGCUUGUUUAAUUUUUGUUCCACGUAGUCAAUUGUAAUGUAUCUUGAGCUAACAAUUUACUGUCAGCAUAA